CCCAGGCCCGCGGCCGCCCGGGUGUCCUCGGGCUGCUUGUCCGCGCGCAACCUGGCAGUUUGCCUCUUCCUCGUCCUCCAGCUUGCGUCCAUGGCCACCUCCGUCACCGAGGAGCCCUUCCCCUUCCACGGCCUCCUGCCUAAGAAAGAGACCGGGGCCGCCUCCUUCCUCUGUCGCUACCCGGAGUAUGACGGCCGAGGGGUGCUCAUCGCUAUUUUGGACACGGGGGUUGACCCCGGGGCUCCGGGCAUGCAGGUUACAACUGAUGGAAAACCAAAAAUCAUUGACAUCAUUGACACAACAGGAAGUGGUGAUGUGAAUACCGCUACAGUAGUAGAGCCAAAAGAUGGUGAAAUUAUUGGCCUUUCGGGAAGAGUGCUUAAGAUUCCUGAGAACUGGACAAAUCCCUCAGGCAGAUAUCACAUUGGCAUAAAAAAUGGCUAUGACUUCUAUCCAAAGGCUCUCAAGGAAAGGAUACAGAAAGAACGGAAGGAAAAAAUCUGGGAUCCUGUUCACAGAGUGGCCCUGGCAGAAGCCUGUAGGAAACAGGAAGAAUUUGAUGUUGCCAACAGUUGCCCUUCUCAAGCAAAUAAACUAAUCAAGGAGGAGCUUCAAAGCCAAGUGGAAUUACUAAAUUCUUUUGAGAAAAAAUACAGUGACCCUGGCCCUGUAUAUGACUGCCUGGUAUGGCAUGAUGGUGAAGCUUGGAGAGCCUGCAUUGAUUCGAAUGAGGAUGGAGACUUAAGUAAAUCUACUGUAUUGAGAAACUACAAAGAAGCCCAAGAAUAUGGCUCUUUUGGCACAGCUGAGAUGUUGAAUUAUUCCGUUAAUAUAUAUGAUGAUGGAAACCUACUCUCUAUUGUGACCAGUGGAGGCGCUCAUGGAACACAUGUAGGUAGUAUAGCUGCUGGGCAUUUUCCCGAAGAACCUGAACGAAAUGGUGUAGCUCCCGGUGCCCAAAUUCUUUCAAUCAAGAUUGGUGAUACCAGACUGAGCACAAUGGAGACAGGCACAGGCCUUAUACGGGCUAUGAUAGAAGUUAUAAAUCAUAAGUGUGAUCUUGUCAACUAUAGCUAUGGAGAAGCAACUCACUGGCCAAAUUCUGGGAGAAUUUGUGAAGUAAUUAAUGAAGCAGUGUGGAAGCAUAAUAUAAUUUAUGUUUCAAGUGCUGGAAAUAAUGGUCCCUGCCUUUCUACAGUUGGUUGUCCAGGUGGAACUACAUCAAGUGUAAUAGGUGUUGGUGCUUAUGUUUCUCCUGACAUGAUGGUUGCUGAGUAUUCGCUGAGAGAGAAAUUACCUGCAAAUCAAUAUACGUGGUCUUCUAGAGGCCCCAGUGCUGAUGGGGCCCUUGGAGUGAGUAUCAGCGCACCAGGAGGAGCCAUUGCUUCUGUUCCUAACUGGACGUUGAGGGGAACUCAGCUAAUGAAUGGGACGUCUAUGUCUUCUCCCAAUGCGUGUGGAGGCAUUGCCCUGAUACUUUCAGGUCUGAAAGCUAAUAAUGUUAACUACACAGUUCAUUCAGUCAGAAGAGCUCUAGAGAACACUGCAGUGAAGGCUGACAAUAUAGAAGUAUUUGCCCAAGGACAUGGUAUUAUUCAGGUUGAUAAAGCCUAUGACUACCUCGUGCAGAAUACGUCAUUUGCUAAUAAAUUAGGUUUCACUGUUACUGUUGGAAACAACCGUGGCAUCUACCUCCGAGAUCCUGUCCAGGUGGCUGCACCUUCAGAUCAUGGCGUUGGCAUUGAACCUGUGUUUCCCGAAAAUACCGAAAACUCUGAAAAAAUAUCCCUUCAACUUCAUUUAGCUUUAACUUCAAAUUCAUCUUGGGUUCAGUGUCCCAGCCAUUUGGAACUCAUGAAUCAGUGUAGACACAUAAAUAUACGUGUGGAUCCCAGAGGCUUAAGAGAAGGAUUACAUUAUACAGAGGUGUGUGGCUAUGAUAUAGCAUCCCCUAAUGCAGGUCCUCUGUUCAGAGUUCCAAUCACUGCAGUUAUAGCAGCAAAAGUAAAUGAAUCAUCACAUUACGAUCUAGCCUUUACAGAUGUACAUUUUAAACCUGGUCAAAUUCGAAGGCAUUUUAUUGAGGUUCCUGAAGGUGCAACAUGGGCUGAAGUUACUGUGUGUUCAUGUUCUUCUGAGGUGUCGGCCAAGUUUGUUCUUCAUGCAAUACAGCUUGUGAAGCAAAGAGCAUAUCGAAGUCAUGAAUUCUAUAAGUUUUGUUCCCUUCCAGAAAAAGGAACACUGACUGAAGCUUUUCCUGUCUUAAGUGGGAAAGCAAUUGAAUUUUGCAUUGCUCGUUGGUGGGCAAGUCUUAGUGAUGUCAAUAUUGAUUACACCAUUUCUUUCCAUGGGAUAGUGUGUACUGCUCCUCAGUUAAACAUUCACGCAUCAGAAGGAAUCAACCGUUUUGAUGUUCAGUCCUCCUUGAAAUACGAAGAUCUGGCUCCCUGCAUAACUUUGAAGAGCUGGGUCCAAACACUACGGCCACUGAGUGCAAAAACAAAACCUUUAGGAUCAAGAGAUGUUUUGCCAAAUAAUCGUCAACUUUAUGAGAUGAUCCUUACGUAUAAUUUUCAUCAACCUAAGAGUGGGGAAGUAACUCCAAGCUGCCCACUACUUUGUGAAUUAUUAUACGAAUCGGAAUUUGACAGCCAGCUGUGGAUCAUAUUUGACCAAAAUAAAAGACAGAUGGGUUCAGGCGAUGCCUAUCCACAUCAGUAUUCUAUGAAACUGGAGAAAGGAGAUUAUACAAUUCGACUACAGAUUCGUCAUGAGCAAAUCAGUGAUUUGGAACGUCUUAAAGAUCUUCCAUUUACUGUUUCUCAUAGGUUGUCUAAUACCCUGAGCUUAGAUAUUCACGAAAAUCAUAGCCUUGCACUUCUAGGAAAGAAGAAAUCAAGUAAUUUAACACUACCACCCAAAUAUAACCAGCCAUUCUUUGUUACUUCCUUACCUGAUGACAAAAUACCUAAAGGGGCAGGACCUGGAUGCUACCUUUCAGGAUCCUUAACAUUGUCAAAAACUGAACUUGGAAAGAAAGCUGGGCAGUCUGCAGCAAAACGACAAGGAAAAUUUAAAAAGGAUGUAAUUCCUGUUCAUUACUACCUAAUAUCUCCACCAACAAAGACUAAGAAUGGCAGCAAAGAUAAAGAAAAAGAUUCUGAAAAAGAGAAAGAUUUAAAAGAAGAGUUUACUGAAGCAUUACGAGAUCUUAAAAUUCAGUGGAUGACAAAGCUGGAUUCUUGUGACAUUUAUAAUGAAUUGAAAGAAACAUAUCCUAAUUAUCUUCCUCUGUACGUUGCUCGACUUCAUCAGUUGGAUGCUGAAAAGGAACGAAUGAAAAGACUUAAUGAAAUUGUUGAAGCUGCAAAUGCUGUUAUUUCUCAUAUAGAUCAAACGGCCCUAGCAGUUUAUAUUGCAAUGAAGAGUGACCCCAGGCCCGAUGCAGCUAUUAUAAAAAAUGACAUGGACAAACAAAAAUCCACCCUUGUAGAUGCCCUUUGUAGAAAAGGAUGUGCGUUGGCCGACCACCUUCUUCACACACAGGAUGAAGAUGGGGCUGUUUCAAGUGAUACCGAAGGGAGAGAAGAGGAAGGAGAAAGUCCUUUGGAUUCUCUGACGGAAACUUUUUGGGAAACUACAAAAUGGACUGAUCUUUUUGACAAUAAGGUUUUGACAUUUGCAUACAAACAUGCAUUAGUAAAUAAAAUGUAUGGAAGAGGCCUUAAAUUUGCAACUAAACUUGUGGAAGAAAAACCAACAAAAGAAAACUGGAAAAAUUGUAUUCAACUGAUGAAGUUACUUGGAUGGACUCAUUGUGCAUCUUUUACUGAAAACUGGCUCCCCAUCAUGUAUCCUCCUGAUUAUUGUGUGUUCUAAAAUAGGAACCAAGAGUUUAAAUUUUAAAAAAAGAAAGUUUUAUAGUGAAUGGAUACAAAAACAAAUUUGUGGCAUUUUUAGUCUAAUGCAUGUUUUCAUCUGCUAUCAAAUACUGAUUAUUAAAAUGCUGUGUAUUUAUCAGAGAACUUGCUGGCGUGUGGCUUCAUACAUGUAAUGUAGACCUCUGACAUCAUGGUGUUUUCUUAACACCUCAUACUGGUGGACUGAGCGGUGCCUUGACUGCCAGCACCAGGACUUUCAGUUGAGUUGCAGCUGUUACAUGCAUGAUAGAUUUUGAACAGUACCUUUUAACUGCAAACCUAUAAAGUUCUAUUUUUUAUUUUAUAAAUGAACAGGGUUUUAACAUGCUCGACUUUAAUUUUUUCAGUUGUAUGAAGGCCUUAAAAAAGCUACAUUAAGCGUAGCUAAAAUUAUUUAUUGGACUGAAAAAGUAACAGAUUUUCACUUCCAGAUUUUUUUUUUUUAAUAUUUACAUUCAAUUAAGGGGAAAAAUUAAAGGGGCACAAAUAAAUGUGUGGCAAUUGCCGUAGCAUAACUACUCUAGUAAAUCAUCAUCUUGGAGUUAUUUCAGGCCAAUUAUCUUUUAACAUUCUUUUGACAUGCAGAGAACAUCAGAAUGAACUAAUAAUACAUGUAUAAGUGCCAGACAGCUAAAUCUUUAUCAGGUAUUGUAAAGAUACACAUAUGGUAUGUUUAUUAACGUUGAAAUAAUGUAAACACGUGAAUAAAUGUGCAAAACCAAGAUCACAAUACACCAUAUACACUCUGAUACCUUAAUUUUUUUUUAUAAUUAAUAAAAGUGAAUAUUGAAGCUUCUUAAAGUUGGUCUUAAUUUUUCAUUAAUAAAAAAUUUGGGAUUAGAAUAGAAGUAAUAUUAAUUCCAUAGACAAAAAAAGCAAUUUGAGGUAUUUUGUUUUAUAAUGGUUCUUAUGGGCUUGCAAUUAUUUGAAUAUAUUUCCAAUGCUUAUUGUGGUUAACUUCUGUGUAUGUUUAACUUUCUAUUAUUUCUAUCUUUCUGGCUACUAGACUUGCUUCUCUCAUCCUUCCUACAUAAAAUAAACAGACACCCAUAGCAACAUUAAAAUGCCUCUACUCACUUAUAGCAAGCGUGUGUGUGUGUGUGUGUGUGUGUGUGUGUGUGUGUGAUUUUUAAAUCUUGUUCCCUUAGAAUUUAUUACUAUAGAAGACCUGCCAUACCAAUCAUCUUGUCAUUCAUACUUGUGUUUUGGGCAGUUGACCCCUUUAUCUAUGAAAUAUGAAAGAAUUAGAGCCUUUAUGAAAAACUACAAAUAUGCAUGCAAACAUUUUGCUUACAAUUUCUGAACGGUCUAGAGUCUAAAGUCCAUCUAUGAGCAGCCAGAUGCACUUUCCCUCACAAACACACAUACUUUGACCUACACACAUACAGACAGGUCCACAUACAUAGAGGUUCCAUCCAGUAAGGAAAUUGAGAAGCUCAGGCAAGGUAGGGUGACUUCCCAAGUUUAUGCUGAUUGGCUGACUGAUUAACAACCCAGGUUUUGCCAUACCUGGUAAGUACUAUCUGCUUACAUAGAGCCUCAGGGUCAGCCAGACAUGAGAGCCUGGGUCCUUCCCAGGUCUUUUCUCAGGCUACAUGUAGCUGUACCACGUUCAUGGCCUUCUAGAAACCCAGAAAUAUGUUAGAGCUUUCAAAACCCCUAUGAGUGUCUCAUUUUCCAGCGUUUCCUUUUUCAGUUUUUUGAUUAGUCGCAACUGUUAGCCACCAUCUCAGGCAGCCACAAAAUUACACAAUUGCCUGUAAUUAUCUGUACAAACACCCACUGGGAAAAGGUUUCUGGGCCUACGAGAUCUAAGGCCAGUCUAAUAAAGAUGGCCUUGCCCAUAAGGUCUCGGAAACAACAAGGCAAGCCAAAUAAUGACAGCUCUCUGGGAAUGCAGCGUUGGUGGAGUUCCCAGCCAUAUUUGGCUCCCGCCAGUGACUUCCAGGCUGCCGGUUUUCACCAUUUCCAGUGGAGCUGGAGAUGGGAUGGGGUCAGGGCAGUUUAAAAUACCCAAAUGCACAGCUCUUACUGAGAUUCAACCAUUUCACGUAAGCGUACAUGCCUCAGAUCGCUACAUGACUUUGGUUCAUUUCCGGAGAUCUGAAAAAGGUGCUUCGGACAGUUUUUAACGGUUUUUCUGCUUUUUUAUUGGAGGGAAAUUUUCAGAGGUGUUUUCUCACUGAUAAAAUGGUCCACUGUUUCAGUGACAUCACCUUUUUUUUAGCACAUAUGUUUAGUAUCCAAUUUUAAAGUAGUUUUACAGUUAGAAACUCCCCAGUAAUUUAUUUUGAAAUACUACCUUUGGAGUUAUAUCAAGAUACAGUAAAUUCUACAACCCAUCAAAUACGACUUUUUACACAAACCACCAUCAUUCCAGAUCUCCCUAAUUUCUCACUUUUUUCCUCAGGUUUUGGGAGAUUUUUUUGUUUUGUUUUUGCUAUAUUUCUUAAUGUGAAAGGAGAGAGUAAGCCCACGGAGAGUUUUUAAUAUACUCUUCCAGAAAGGACUGGAGCUCCAGGUGCAGUAAGUGGCUGGGCCCUCCUGACAAGCCAGGCCAGCAGCAGCUGACAAUCUGCUGCCAGGCAGGGAGCCUGCUGUGUCCUACUCUGGGAAGGUGUUGGUUCAGGAUCAUUUAGAACCCCUGCUUUCAUGAGAAGAUUUCAAAGGAUUAAGUGUGUCAUUUAUCUCAGCCAUAUUUUCUCAAGGGUCAAACAUGAAUAACUAGAGUUCCAGUGUCAAGACCAGAUGUCACCAUUUUCUCUAUGCAGAGUAUGGACUGCCUUCAUUUCCUGUCAUGUAAAUCAAAUUUAUUUUAGAAUCUGACUAUGCCAGGUCAUAUGCAAAAUGUGAAUAGAAUACAGAGCAACUGGAAAUAUCGUCUAUAAUUCGCUUUCAUUUUAUGUAUGAUUUUAAAAGUUAUUAACGUGCCUCAAUGAUUCUAUGUACCAAACUACCUCAAAACUUAGUGGUUUCCAAAAACAAUCAUUUUCACUCACGAGUGUAACUUGGCUGGAGUUUGAUCUAAGCUGGGCUUGGCCUGGAUGGUUCCAAGCUCGUCAUUAAAAUGUACAAUUUACAGGAAGAACAGAAGAUAGAGGGGCAUAUUAAAGGAUACCCUGGUAAAGCAGUCAGCAUAAUGCAGCAGGUAGAGAUGAUACAGGACAGACAACUCUAGUUUGUUCAACAAAUAAAUGGCAAGAGGGAAAUGCAAGAUGGAGGGAGAACCCGAAGAUGAAAAUAAAUUUAAGGGAUAUGCCAUUCAAGCAAUUAAUCACACGUGGUUCCUUAUUUAGGUUCUUAUUCAAACAAACGAUAAGUUAUGAGACAAUUGGAAAUUGGAACAUUAAUUGGAUUUUUGGAGAAAGGAUAUGUCUCUUACUUGCUACAAGUUAAUGCAGGAGCAGAGUAGUGGGUGGAGAUAUAGCUGAAACAAAAUGUUCCAUGAGUUGAAAAUGUAUAUGAGAAUUGGGGUCCAUAAUAUUUUUGUCUACUUAUUUAAAAAAC